UAUGUACUAUAUGGCAUUGAAGGCAAUACCUCCUGGAACGGAGCUGCUUGUUUCAUAUGGUAAAAAGUAUGCAAAACGUCUAGGAAUAAAAUAUUCUAAAAGUCCAAAAUAUGCUCAUGCAAAAUCAGGAUAUGCUGGAGGUUUAUGUACCAACGUAGGUAAAAGCUGCCGAUAUGACAAGAACACAGUCUGUGUACGGAAAUGGUGCUUAUGUAUACAUGGAUCGCAUCGGAGAGCCGGAUUUUGCAUAUUAGAUGAAACAUUGGGUGGAAUAUGUACAGGUUCUGACGGAGAAACUUGUAAACAUGACAAGUACGCCGAAUGCAAGAGAGGAGUAUGUGUCUGUAAAAACAACUCUACUCCCGCUGGGAGUGUCUGCAUACCUGACGAAUUAGCCGGUGGUAGAUGUAUGGGCCCUAAUGGUCAAGACUGUAUGUUAGACAGCAAUGCAGAAUGUGUGCACGGCUUGUGUCACUGCAAAUAUGGUACAAGUUUGUUAGAACAAGCAUGUAUAAAAGAUGAGACAUACAAUGGAAGAUGUGAUGUUAGUGACGGGGAACGUUGUCAUUUGGACACGAAUGCUGAAUGUUGGAAUAAUAUUUGCGUAUGCAAGAAAGGUGCAACUGCCGCCGGUGGUGUAUGUAAACUAGAUGGAACAGAAAGCGGAACAUAGGAAAAAAUGUUCACUUGACGGGAACUAGUACAAGACACCUUUGAUGGAUCAACAGUUUAAUCGAAUUACAGCCCUUCGCAUCUUCGAUGUAUUGAAAGAUAAUUGAAGAAAUAGUUCUAUCUAUUAAUCUCACCACUUCUUCUGCGUAUUCGGCAGACUGAUGAAAUAUAUUAUGACACCACAGACUUUACUGAAUGAAGAGUUUGCCAUAACAUCGCCAGAAACUUUAUCAUAUGAUUUUGUUCACCAAAACGUCACCAGAAUCUUUUAUCUAUAUUUUCGUCUUCAUUUCAUAAUCUUUUAAUUAUCUGACCAGAGUUCGCCAGUGGAGUGCCAGAACAUUAUCACACGACUUCGUUUUUUUUUUUUUUUUUUUUUUGUUUUUAUUGGUUGCGUAGAGUUUGGCUCCAUUUUCAAACUGCCAAACAAUAGUUGAACAUAGAUGUAUUAACAUGAAUUUUUUCUGAAUCCAUACUUAACAAAAAACUUUACAAAAAGAUGGAUAAAUCACGGAAAUCUGUUAUGUUUAAUUCUGUGGAUAAAUGUUGCAAUGUAAGGUUAGUUUUCACAUUAUUACACAGCAAAAAAACUGAAUGAUUUUUAACAGUUAUAUCUUUUGUUUAAUUUAGACUUUUGUUACCUAAAUACCACUAGAUACAACAGACUGCAAACAAUAAUUUCGUGAAUCUGAAAAUUUAUGAAGACUUUUGGACACGGAAGAAUUUUUUUGCAAAUCAGUUAACAGCUUUCAUAACCUUUAAAAUAUUUAAAGAGUUUCAAACCCAUGUAAGUAUAAAACAUAUUUUACUUAAGACAUACUGAUCUCGUACAUUUGUAUUUCUGUCUGUAUAAUUAUUUAGAAAAGAUAAAUCAUUAUCAGCAGAUGAUAUUCUUUGCUUAUUUAAGAGACAAAUAUGCCUUUUCUUGA